AUGGGGGCUCGAGUCAUAUUCUACUGUCUGCAGGCGCUCUGGAAAAAGCGUAAGUUUCACUGCGUGCAUGACGUGGUGUUGAUGGGCCUCCCAGCCUCGAUGAACGCAGCACAGUGGCGGCAGGCGCGGCAGGUGACCUCGGGCCGUCUGGUGAAUGUCUACUGCCGCACGGACUGGCUACUGGCGUUCUUAUACAGAUGGAUGGAGUUCAGGUUACAGGUGGCGGGCCUGGCGCCCGUGACGUCUGUGCCGGGGGUGGAGAACGUCGACGUGACGGGGCUGGUGAAGAGCCACGCCCACUACCCCGAGAAGGUCCCGCAGAUAAUGUCUUUCAUUUCCAUCGAAAUGUAG